GAACGCAUCCACCGUGAGAAAAACAGACGUGUCUCAUACUGAACGAGUUACAUUCGCAAAAAAAAAUAAUAUAUAGAAGUGAAUAUUUGAGAAGAAUGAAUUAUAUUAAAUUUAAGUAACGGUUGAACGAGAAGUAAAUAAUAAAAGUUGUCACAUCGAAUCAGUCAUAAGAGCAGAGUACAAAAUAAAUAAGGAUAACAACAAGAAAUAUAGAAUAAUCGAGCGAAAAUGGAGCUAAUAUCGUCUUCGGGAAAUCAAAAUUUUCUUUUUACAUAUUUAGUGUUCUUUUUCAUUGAAUUACUCACUAAAGGUGCUGAGUCGACUUCGGAAGUAGACAGACAUUUAGAAAUGGGAAGAGAUUUCUUAGCAAGAGGACAAUUAGGUGAUGCAUUGUCACAUUAUCAUGCAGCCGUAGAGGGUGAUAAUAAAAAUUAUCUAACAUAUUUCAAACGAGCCACAGUAUAUUUAGCACUAGGAAAGGCAAAGUUAGCUAUAAGCGAUCUUGAUAGAGCAAUAGAACUAAAUCGUGGAUUCACAACAGCACGACAACAACGAGGAUCAGUUUAUCUUAAAAUGGGCGAUUAUGAUAAUGCAGAACGAGACUUAUAUACAGUACUUCAGGAAGAUCCAUACAAUGAGGAAGCACUUUACAUGUAUGAAAGAAUUAAUCCAGCUAGACAACAAAUAGACUUAGUACACGAUGUUCUAUCAAGAAAUGAUCAUCAAACAGCCGUUGCUUUACUAUCACAAUUAUUAGAAGUUUCUCCUUGGUCUCCAGAAUUACGCGAGCUUCGUGCGCAAUCAAAUCUUGCCAUUGGUGAUCGAUUAAGUGCCGUAUCAGACUUUAGAUCUGUUAAUAGAUUGAUGCAAGAUGGAUCUGAUGAUCUUACAACACACAUUUUUAAAUUAGCAAAACUUUUAUAUGAAUUAGGACAUGCAGCAGAUUCAUUAAAGGAAGUACGUGAAUGUCUUAAGCUAGAUCCUGAGCAUAAACUUUGUUUCCCAUUCUAUAAGAAAAUUAAGAAAAUAGACAAAUUUAUGAAUGAUGCUGAGACGCAUAGAGAAGCUAAAAGUUAUGAGGAGUGUAUAUCGUCUGCUGAAAAAGUCUUGAAAAAUGAAAAGGAAGUUCCAAUGAUUAUUUUUGGUGCAAAUCAAUAUCUUUGUAGUUGUUAUGGAAAGAGUGAUAAAUAUACAGAUGCAAUCACGCAUUGUAAUGCCGCAUUAAAGAUAGAAAAAGAUCCAUCAAUACUUUGUGACCUUGCGGAAGCACUGCUUGGCGAGGAAAUGUAUGAUGACGCAGUGCGUAGUUAUCAAGAUGCGCUUGAAUUGGACGAGAACCUUCAAAGAGCCAAAGAGGGUAUAGAGAGAGCAAAAAGACUUCAAAAGCAGGCUGAGAAAAGAGAUUAUUACAAGAUUCUUGGAGUGACGAGAUCAGCAACAACUAAAGAAAUCACAAAAGCUUACAGAAAGAUGGCACAGAAAUGGCAUCCUGAUAAUUUUGCAAUGAACGAGAGUGAGAGAAAGAUUGCAGAGAAGAAAUUCAUUGAUAUAGCCGCAGCAAAAGAAGUCCUUACUGAUCCCGAAAAACGAGCACAAUUCGAUAACGGCGAAGAUCCACUAGAUCCAGAGGGUAGAUCAAACGGUUUCAGAAACGGAAAUCCAUUUCAACACUUCAAUCAGUUUCAACAAGGAUCUCCCUUCCAAUUUAAAUUCCAUUUUUCAUAGAAUUUUGGUGGUUCCUUCACCUUUUUUGGAUAUUAUCUUUCCAAUUUUAUUAAGCCAUCUUUUUCAUAAUAAGUACUAAUUACCUAAGUUUGUAAUAUUUUUGAGUCAGACGUGAUUUAUUUAUGAUUUCUCUAAUAAUAAUAAUGAUGGAUAUUAAGUUAAUUUAUGCGAUAUCCCUCAGCAUCAAAAAGGAAUUUUUUGUAAAAAUUAAGCAGUU